UUGGUUAUGGUUACAAGUUCAGUGAGAGCCGUGUAGUUAUCGCGUAACUUCCUAAAAAUAAAGCGUCCCCGACACACAUCCAUUUGCUACCUGCAUUUAUUCUCUCCCUCUUUCUAUUCAACUGCCUAAAUCCGCUUUCUUUCCGCGUCUGUGUGCAGGAAUUCUGACAUAAAUAUUAUUUGAAGGCCAUAACAUAGUUUCAAGAAUCUGCAGAAAUUUUGUGCAAGAGUUUACCUUUCUUCAAGAAACAGAGCCUUGUAGUGUUCAAACAAUGUUGUGCUUCAAAUCACUGCUAUUUUGCCUUGUAACUGCAUUUCUACUUUUCUCUUGUAUUCCCUUUUCAUUUUCACUUGGUGUUGGAGAACAGGCUUGUUUUCCCGCUACUUCAGGGAAAUAUGGGGAGAGAAAUAGCGGGAUGGUGUUUUCUUGGGGGAGAACUGAAAGAUUUCUUGCUGAAUCCGAUGAGCCUCCAGUGAAUUCAACUCUUGCGUUGGCUGCAAACAGGACGUACAGAAAAGAUCCUCUAAAUAAUUUCAAGAAAUAUAGAGGAGGCUGGAAUAUUAGUGAACGCCAUUACUGGGCUUCUGUGGCUUUUACUGCUGCUCCAUUUUUUGUUAUUGCGGCAGCCUGGUUUUUGCUCUUCGCGUUAUGUUUAUUGAUCAUCUGUCUCCACCACUGUUGCUGUCGAAAGGAACCUUAUGGCUAUUCUCGAAUUGCUUAUGCGCUCUCUCUAAUACUACUCAUACUCUUCACCAUUGCUGCAAUCAUCGGAUGUGUUGUUUUGUACACUGGCCAGGGGAAAUAUCAUAGCAGCACAAUAAACACUUUGGAAUAUGUUGUACACCAGGCAAAUACCGCAUCUGAUAAACUUAGGAAUGUAUCUGAAUUACUUUCUGCGGCUAAGAAGGUCGGAGUGGAUCAAGUGUUUCUCCCUUCUAACGUUCAAUCUGAUAUCGAUCGAAUCCAGACCAAGAUAAACUCUUCUGCAAGUACCCUUGCCACUAGAACGGAAGAUAAUUCGAAGGACAUAAAAAAUAUAAUAGAAUCUGUGAGAUUGGCUCUAAUCAUACUAUCUGCCAUUAUGCUUAUGUUGACGUUUCUUGGAUUUGUGUUUUCAAUUUUUGGCAUGCAAUUUCUUGUAUACGUCUUGGUGAUCUUGGGAUGGAUUCUUGUCACAGGAACUUUUAUAUUGUGUGGCAUUUUUCUUCUCCUUCACAACGUGACUGCAGACGCUUGUGUAGCAAUGGAUCAAUGGGUCCAAAAUCCAAUGGCUCAUACAGCUCUUGACGAUAUACUGCCGUGCGUGGACAAUGCCACGGCACAAGAAACAUUAACAAAAAGCAAGGAAGUCACUUCUCAACUUGCUAAUAUAAUGAACUUCGUUGUCAAUAAUGUCUCUAAUAUCAAUUUCCCCCCGAAUGUUCCGACUCUCUACUUCAAUCAGUCCGGCCCACUUCUACCUUCUCUUUGCAAUCCAUUUAAUCCCGACUUGACUGAUCGAGCAUGUAAUCCCGGUGAAGUCGAUUUGGAAAAUGCAACUCAGGUAUGGAAGAACUAUGUCUGUGACGUUUCGCCAAAUGGCACUUGUGUCACUACUGGUCGUCUGACUCCUACAUUCUACAGUCAGAUGGCUGCUGGAGUAAACAUAAGCUAUGGAUUGUAUCGAUAUGGUCCUUUCCUCGUUGAUCUACAGGACUGCACUUUUGUGAGACAAACGUUCACAGACAUAUACGGGACAUAUUGUCCGGGCUUGAGACGAUACAGUAGUUGGAUUUAUGUCGGGCUAGUGAUGGUUGCAACUGCAGUUAUGCUCUCGCUACUCUUCUGGGUAAUAUAUGGGCGAGAGAGAAAACAUCGAGUUUAUACGAAAGAGCUUGCACCUAGAUUCUCUGAAGGUCAUGAAGGUGAUAAACCAUAGACUUCAUUAUUGCCAUAGUAAUAUAUUUCUAGCCUCCCCCACAUUCUAGUUUCACACUUCAUGAGCUGUACAUGUUAUAGUAGUUCGUAAAGCUCUUGCUUAUAGAUUAUAAUUAUUUUGUCAACUCUGCUGAGUCUUUAUCUGCACAUUUUCAA